AUGACCCCGCCCCCUCAGACUGAACACAGUGAUCUGUGCAUGACCCUGCCCCCUCAGACUGAACACAACGAUCUGUGCCUGGCCCCGCCCCCUCAGACUGAACACAGUGAUCUGUGCAUGACCCCGCCCCCUCAGACUGAACACAGUGAUCUGUGCAUGGCCCCGCCCCCUCAGACUGAACACAGCUAUCUGUGUAUGGCCCCUCCCCCUCAUACUAAACACAGGUAUCUGUGUAUGGCCACACCCCCUCAGACUGCACACAGGUAUCUGUGUAUGGCUACGCCCCCUCAGACUGAACACAGUGAUCUGUGCCUGGCCCCGCCCCCUCAGACUGAACACAGUGAUCUGUGCAUGACCCCGCCCCCUCGGACUGAACACAGUGAUCUGUAUAUGGCCCUGCCCCUUCAGACUAAACACAGUGAUCUGUGUAUGGCCACGCCCCCUCAGACUGAACACAGCGAUCUGUACCUGGCCCCGCCCCCUCAGACUGAACACAGUGAUCUGUGUAUGGCCCCGCCCCCUCAGACUGAACACAGUGAUCUGUACAUGACCCUGCCCCCUCGGACUGAAAACAGUGAUCUGUACCUGUCCCCACUCCCUCAGAUUGAACGCAGUGAUCUGUGCAUGACCCCGCCCCCUCGGACUGAACACAGUGAUCUGUAUAUGGCCCCACCCCCUCAGACUGAACACAGUGAUCUGUGCAUGGCCCUGAACACAGUGAUCUGUGCAUGGCCGCUCCCUCAGAUUGAACACAGUGAUCUGUGCAUGACCCCGCCCCCUCGGACUGAACACAGUGAUCUGUAUAUGGCCCCGCCCCCUCAGACUGAACACAGUGAUCUGUGCAUGACCCCGCCCCCUCAGACUGAACACAGUGAUCUGUACCUGUCCCCGCUCCCUCAGAUUGAAUGCAGUGAUCUGUGCAUGACCCCGCCCCCUCAGAUUGAACGCAGUGAUCUGUACCUGUCCCCGCUCCCUCAGAUUGAACGCAGUGAUCUGUGCAUGACCACUGACUGA